AUGGCAAGGGUGUCGACAGAUCCACUGGUUAUUGGGAGAGUCAUAGGAGAUGUCCUUGAUUCUUUCAUUCCAACCAUAAAAAUGACUGUAACCUACAGUAAGAAGCAAGUCUAUAAUGGCCAUGAACUCUUCCCUUCCACAGUUACCACAUGGCCCAGGGUUGAGAUUGGUGGAGAUAUGAGGUCCUUCUUUACACUGAUCAUGACAGACCCGGAUGUCCCUGGCCCUAGUGAUCCUUAUCUGAGAGAACAUUUGCAUUGGAUGACAGAUAUUCCAGGCACCACAAAUGCCUCAUUUGGAAAUGUGUUGGUGAGCUAUGAAAUGCCAAAGCCUAACAUAGGGAUACACAGGUUUGUGUUUGUCCUGUUCAAGCAAAAACGUAGGCAAUGUGUUAGUCCACCUUCCUCAAGGGAUCAUUUCAACACUCGAAAAUUCUCAUCUGAGAACGACCUUGGUCUCCCUGUUGCUGUUGUCUACUUCAAUGCGCAGAGGGAAACUGCUGCAAGAAGACGCUAA